CAUCUCUCUCUCUCUUACACAGAUUCCCCAAUCUCUUCAUUAAACCUUUCUCUCUCUAAACAUCAAUAAAACAGUAACAGAGAAACAACAGAAGAGAGAGAAACUCUGCAUUUACUAGGCACCGUUCUGAUGACUAAUCAUCUUUCUCCUCGAGUCUCUUCAUAAAGAAUCAAAUUAAUUCUAUAGAAACUGCAUACAGUUCUAAAGAAGAAAAAGAAGACAAGAGACAAGACAGAGAGAAACCAUGCAGUCUCUUCAUACUCUUCUUCUUCUUCUUGCAAUGUUCAUCCUCUGUUCUUCACUCAGUUCGAUUUCGGGUCAAACCGGUCCAACCGACGAUCUCCAAAAUCUUCUCGAAGUGAAGAAAUCUUUCGUCACCAAUCCAGAAGAAGACGACCUUCUCCCCCAAUGGAACUCCGUUAACAUCAACUACUGUUCUUGGACCGGCAUCACCUGCGACGAUACCGGUUUAUUCCGCGUCGUAGCACUCAACCUCUCCGGUUUAGGUCUAACCGGUUCGAUCUCUCCAUCGUUUGGCCGGUUUGACAACCUAAUCCACCUCGAUCUAUCUUCCAACAAUCUGGCGGGCCCCAUCCCAACCGCUCUCUCCAACCUCACCUCCUUGGAGUCUCUCUUCCUCUUCUCCAACCAGCUCACCGGCGAGAUACCUCCUCAACUCGGCUCCCUCCUCAACCUCCGCUCGCUCAGGAUCGGAGACAACGAGCUCGUCGGAACCAUCCCGGAGACGCUGGGGAGCCUCGCCAACCUCCGGAUGCUCGCCUUGGCCUCGUGCAGACUCACCGGCCACGUACCGAGUCAACUCGGUCGACUCGCUCGAGUUCAGUCGCUGAUACUUCAGGAUAACAGCCUCGAGGGACCUAUCCCGGCGGAGCUAGCGAACUGCACCGACCUCACCGUGCUCGCCGCGGCGGCGAACAGGCUUAACGGGACGAUACCUGCUGAGUUAGGACGCCUGGAGAACCUCGAGAUACUUAAUCUCGCGAGCAACGGUCUCUCCGGUGAGAUACCGAGUCAACUCGGCGAGCUGAGUCAACUCGAGUACCUUAACUUGAUGGAGAACCAGCUUCAAGGUCCUGUCCCCAAGACGUUGGCUGAUCUGAAGAAUCUCCAGACACUCGAUUUGUCGGCGAAUAAUCUCACCGGAGAGAUACCGGAAGAGAUCUGGAACAUGAGCCAGCUUGUUGAUUUGGCUUUAGCAAACAACCGUUUCUCUGGUUCUUUGCCGAGGAGUAUAUGUUCGAACAACACGAACUUGGAGCAGUUGGUUCUGUCUGGAACUCAGCUUUCAGGUGAAGUUCCCGCGGAGAUCAGCAAGUGCCAAUCGCUUAAACAGCUUGACUUGUCCAACAAUUCUCUUACCGGCUCCAUCCCUGAAGCACUGUUCCAGCUAGUCGAACUCACGGAUCUCUAUCUCCACAACAAUACCUUGGAAGGCAAGUUAUCUCUUUCGAUAUUAAACCUCACCAACCUACAGUGGCUUGUCUUGUAUCACAAUAACUUGAACGGCACGUUACCUAACGAGAUCACCGCGCUGAAGAAACUAGAAGUUCUGUUUCUCUACGAGAAUCGGUUCUCAGGGGAGAUACCGAAAGAGAUUGGAAACUGCACGAGCUUGAAGAUGAUUGACCUGUUCGGGAAUCAUUUCGAAGGAGAGAUCCCUCCUUCUAUAGGAGCCCUAAAAGAGCUUAACCUGCUUCACUUGAGACAGAACGAGUUCGUUGGUGGACUUCCCGCCACUUUAGGUAACUGCCGCCAGCUCAAAAUCUUGGAUUUAGCAGACAACCAGCUCUCGGGUUCGAUUCCUUCCACCUUCGGAUCCUUAAAAGGAUUAGAACAGUUCAUGCUCUACAACAACUCUCUCCAAGGAAGCCUUCCUGACUCACUUACCAAUCUCAAGAACCUCACGAGAAUCAACCUCUCUCACAACAAGCUCAACGGUACGAUCCUUCCACUGUGUGGCUCCACCUCUUUCCUCUCGUUUGAUGUCACCAACAACGAGUUUGAAGAUGAGAUCCCUCUCCAGCUAGGGAACUCUCCGAAUCUUGACCGUCUCAGGCUAGGCAAGAAUCAGUUCACAGGAAGAAUCCCUUGGACGUUUGGGAAGAUCCGUGAGCUUUCUCUGUUGGAUAUCUCAAGCAAUUCUCUUACAGGAACCAUUCCGUUACAGCUAGUCUUGUGCAAGAAGCUGACUCACAUUGAUCUCAACAACAAUUUUCUCUCAGGGCCUAUACCUCCGUGGCUUGGAAAGCUUUCUCAGUUAGGAGAGCUCAAGCUCUCUUCUAAUCAGUUUGAUGGAUCUUUACCUACUGAGUUGUUCAACUGCACAAAGCUUCUCGUGUUAUCUCUUGAUGGAAACUUUCUUAACGGGUCGAUCCCGGAAGAGAUUGGUAACUUGGGAGCUCUCAAUGUGCUUAACCUUGAUAAGAACCAGUUCUCAGGUUCGCUUCCUCAAGGUAUUGGCAAGCUUAGCAAGCUAUACGAGCUUAGGUUAUCAAAAAACAGCUUAGCAGGAGAGAUCCCUCUUGAGAUUGGUCAGCUUCAAGAUCUUCAAAGUGCUUUAGACCUCAGCUACAACAACUUCACCGGAGGUAUACCUUCUACUAUUGGGACGUUGACAAAGCUAGAGACUCUUGAUCUGUCUCACAAUCAGCUCACCGGUGAAGUUCCUGGAGCUGUAGGAGAUAUGAAGAGUUUGGGCUAUCUCAACCUAUCUUUCAAUAACUUCCAAGGCAAACUCAAGAAACAGUUUUCAAGAUGGCCAGCUGAUUCCUUUAUAGGCAACACAGGUCUCUGUGGAAGCCCUCUUAGUCAUUGCAACAGAGGUGGAAGAGGCAAGCAUCAACAAGGUCUUAGUCCAAGAUCAGUUGUUACAAUAUCAGCAAUCUCAGCAUUAGCAGCCAUUGCUUUGAUGAUACUUGUGAUCGCUCUCUUCUUCAAACAAAGGCAUGAUUUCUUCAAGAAAGUGAGGGAUGGAAGCACUGCUUACUCAUCGUCAAGCUCAUCUUCACAAGCUACGCACAAGCCUCUCUUUAGGACAGGAGCUUCUUCAAAGUCAGAUAUCAAGUGGGAUGACAUCAUGGACGCCACGCGUAACUUGAGCGAGGAGUUCAUGAUUGGAUCAGGAGGCUCUGGGAAGAUUUACAAGGCUGAGCUUGAGAACGGUGAGACCGUUGCUGUGAAGAAGAUUCUAUGGAAAGAUGAUCUCAUGUCUAACAAGAGCUUCAGCAGAGAAGUUAAGACCCUUGGGACAAUCAAACAUAGGCAUCUUGUUAAGCUGAUGGGUUACUGUAGCAGCAAGUCUGAAGGGUUGAAUCUUUUGAUAUAUGAGUAUAUGGAGAAUGGAAGUGUUUGGGAUUGGUUUCAUGGUGAGAAACCUGAGGUUGAAAAGAAGAAGAAGGUUUUGGACUGGGAAGCAAGAUUGAGAAUAGCUGUGGGAUUGGCUCAAGGAGUAGAGUACCUUCAUCAUGACUGUGUUCCUCCUAUCCUACACCGUGAUAUCAAAUCCAGUAAUGUGCUCCUUGAUUCCAACAUGGAAGCACAUUUGGGAGACUUUGGUCUGGCCAAGGUCCUAACUGAGAACUAUGAUACAAACACAGAUUCAAACACCUGGUUUGCUGGCUCUUACGGCUACAUUGCUCCAGAGUAUGCUUACUCAUUGAAGGCGACUGAGAAGAGUGAUGUUUACAGUAUGGGGAUAGUGUUGAUGGAGAUUGUGUCCGGGAAAAUGCCAACUGAGUCAGUGUUUGGUGCAGAGAUGAAUAUGGUGAGAUUUGAAACACAGCUUGAGAUAGUUGGUUCUGCAAGAGAAAAUCUCAUAGAUCCAAAGCUAAAGCCGCUGAUGCCAUUUGAAGAAGAAGCAGCUUAUAAGGUGCUUGAGAUUGCACUUCAGUGCACGAAAACUUCUCCACAAGAGAGACCAUCUUCUAGACAAGCAUGUGAUAGCCUUCUCCAUGUCUUCAACAAUAGAACUGCUGGUUAUAAGAAGAUGUAAAGUGAUGCCUGCUAAUGAUUUUGAAGACAUGAAACUGCAAAAUUGAUUUUUUUUGCUUUUUGAAAUUAUGUAUUUAUAAUAUCUGCAUUUGUAUAGAGUGGCAGCUCCACAAAUAUCUCUUGUUUUUGCUUGAACAAAUGCAUAUCUUCUACUAGCAAGUCAUUGCUAUUCUUAAUCAUCUUGAGCCAAGUAAUAGACCUGUGUUUUUCUUUUUUUGAACUUUCCAAACUAGCAAAAUAUGUAGUGACUCGUGAAUUUUAAAAGCAUUCAAUGUUGCA